ACUAACAUUCUGUCACACACGGCGUCAGUCACACAGUUUCACUGAAGCUGCUCAGAUUAAGAAUUUAGUAGUUCCUGAGUGUUUCGCUGUGGAUUUCAACACAUUGCUGGAUUCAUUUACUCCUUUUUCACUUCAGUGGGGCAUUUCUACAAACUCCCAGGCAAAAUGUCCCACACCAGCACUCUGGAUUUAGACCGAUACAACAGCUUGGACAGAUCCCAUCGCUCCACAAACCGUCCCCAGAGCAGGAACCAGGCCAAGCACAGCGAGGUCAUGUGCGACUUCUGCACCACGAGGAGGCAGAAGGCAGAGAAGUCCUGCUUGGUCUGCCUGGCGUCUUACUGCGAGACCCACCUCCAGUCUCACUACGACUACCCUGCCCUGAUGAAGCACAAACUGGUCAAAGCCACGGGACAGAUGAGGGAGAAGAUCUGCGCUCAGCACGACAAACUCCUGGAGGCCUUCUGUCGCACUGACCAGACGUCGGUGUGUGUUCUGUGCAUGAUGGACGAGCACAAACACCACGACAUUGUACCGGCCGGAACGGAGAGGACUGAGAAACAAAAACAACUUGGCAACACGUUACACAAAUCCCAGCAGAGGAUUGAUGAGAGGGUUAAAAAGUGGCAGGAUCUCCGACAAGCUGUGGAAUCUGUUAAACACUCAGCCGAGUCAGUCCUGGAGGAGAACGAGCGCAUCUUCACUGAACUCCUCCUGUCCAUCGAGAGGAAGUACAACGAAGUCAAAGAGAUGGUUCGCCUGCACGAAAAGACCACCGUGAACCGUGGGGAAAUUCUUCUCGACCGUUUGGAGGAAGAGAUCACUCUGCUGAGGAAGAGACACACUGACCUGGAGAAGCUCUCGCACACCGACGACCACAUUCACUUUCUGCAGAGCUGGCAGUCUCUGUCAGGCCCUUCAGGAUACGAGGACCUCAACAACAUCAGCAUCGCUCCUAACUACUCCUUCGACGCCACCAAGAGAGCCAUCGCUGCCAUGAAACUACAAAUGGAGGAAGUCAGCAAGAGAGAAACUAGUAAAAUCUCUGCAGCAGUGAAAGAAGUCUACAUCACGGAAGAAAGCGAGAAAAAAAUGAGGAGAGAAUCAUUUUUGCCAGAGUCAAGAGCCACAGAAGAACCAAAGACCAGAGAGGAUUUUUUUAAAUACUCUUGUCAGCCCGUUCUGGAUGUCAACACCGUCCACCCAAACCUUCACCUGUCCGAGGGGAACCGGACAGCUACAAUGAAGAGUGAGCCGAAAAACUAUCCCGACCACCCGGAACGAUUCGACCACUGGCAGCAGGUGGUGUGUAAAGAGGGCCUGGCAGGGACUCGAUGCUACUGGGAGGUGACCUGGAAGGGGACGGAGAUCGACGUGGCUGUCACCUACAGGGGAAUAUUCCGUAAAGGAAACAACAACGUGUGCAGCCUGGGCUGGAAUGACAAAUCCUGGAGCCUCUACUGCUCCGAGUCCAAAUUCUCUUUUGUGCACAACAAUAAGAGCGUGGACAUCCCCGUCCCGAAGUCAACUCGCAUCGGCGUAUACCUGGAUCAUGCAGCGGGUGUGCUGGCAUUUUACAGUGUGUCUGAUGCCAUGCAGCUUCUCUACAAGGUCUACACUACCUUUACCGAGCCUGUGUACCCUGCAUUCAGUGUGUGGGGGUAUGGUAGCAGCAUUAGACUAUAGCAGAGCAGAGCAGACUUAUCUAAUCUAAUCUAAUCAUAGUUUUAGACAAGUGCUGUAUGAAAAUGAUGGGGGAAAUACAUGUUUGACCCCUUGCUGAUUUUGCAGGUUUGCACACUUACAAAGAGUGCAACGGUGUGUGAUUUUAAUGAUAGGUUCAUUUUCACAGUGAGAGACAGAAUAUCACCCAAAAAAGGUGGAAUAAGACACUGUAUAUCUUUUAUGAAUUUAUUUGCAUAUUUUUGGUCCAAAAUAAGUAUUUGACCCUUUGGACAAACAUGUUAAUAUUUUGUAGAAAAGCCAUUACUGGCCAGCACAGAUGUCCAAAAGGAUUUUUAAAGCUGGUGACAAGGUUUGUGCAUGUUUCAGCAGGGAUGUUAGCCCACUGCUCCCUGCAGACAGCCUCCAAAUCAUUCAGUUUCCAAAGCUAUCAUCUGGCAACCUGAAUUUUAAGCUCCCUCCAAAGGUUUCCGUUGGAUUCAAGUCUGGAGACCACUCUAAAGCCUUGAUGUGCUUCUUCUUCAGCCUCUCUGCUUGCUUUGGCGGUGUGCUUAGGGUCGUUGUCAUGCUGAAACACCCAUCCUCAACCCAUCUUCAGCUCUCUCGCUGAGGAAAGGAGGUGUUGGUCCAUAAUUCUAGCCUCCCCUCGAUGUGAUGGACUUGUCCAGUCCCCUUGGCUGAAAAGCGCCCCCAAAGCAUGAUGUUAUCACCACCAUGCUAGACAGUGGGGAUGGUGUCCUAGAUGGUUGUACUCUGUGUUCUUUGCCCUCUCAACACGGCGAGUUGAGCCGAAAAAGUUCUAUUUUGGUAUCAUCUGGCCACUUCACCUUCAUCCAGGCCUCUUCUGAGUCGUCCAAGUGGUCAGUGGAGAAACUUCAGGCGGGCCUGUACGGGCGUGUACGGGAUCGUAGUAUGUUACCAACCGUUUCUUUUGGUCCCAGCCCCUUCAGGUCAUUUACCAGUUCCCCUCCUUGUGGUUCUGGGAUGAUUCCUCCGUUUGUAUGAUCAGAGACACUCCACGAGGCAAGAUCUUGCAUGAAGGCCCAGGUCGAGGGUGGCUGGUGGUGGUGUCGUGCCCCUUCCAUUUCCUGAUAACUGCACCGACAGUUGAUCUUUUCGCUCCAAGUUGCUUCCCCAUUCUCUUGUAGCCCAUCACAGCCUUGUGCUGGUCAACAAUCUUGCCCCGAUGUCCUUAAGACAGCUCUUUGAUCUUGCCCAUUGUGGAGAUGUGAACAGGUGUUUUUUAUGUAGGUAAGGAGGUGAGGCAGGUGUAUUUGAUGUACAUAAUGAGUUGGUAUUGGGUGUGUGUCUUAAAGAAAGACUAACUGGCUUGUGGGAGCCUGAAUACUAGCUGUUCGGUAGGGGGUCAAAUACUUAUUUUUCCUCAUCAGAUGGUUAGCAAUUUUAAUGAAUUCUUAUGAUGUGAUUUUCUGGAAUUUUGCUUGGGAUUCCGUCUCUCACUUUUGAAACGUACAUAUGAUUAAAAUUAUAGUGAGCAAACCUGCAAAAUCAGCAAGAGGUCAACUACUUCUUUCCCACACUGUAAGUGUGUAUUUAAAUGCAACCUUUCUUUGUAUUCUAGUCUUAAAAUAAUCACAGAACACAUACAGAACACAUUUUUCCUGUAUUAUAUUUAAAUUACUGUAUCUGGACCCACUUAAUAAUACAUGAAAUACCAUAGCAAUAGAAAUAUGAAUAAUUUCCAUUUUUGAGGUUGUCCUCCAGAAAGUGCAUGCAUCAAAAAAGGCUAUGAAGAGUUUAAAAAAAUGAAACAUGAAUCAAUACUUAUGUUUAUGACAAGAAUUGAUGUUUAUUUUAAAAAA